AUGGGAAACGAACAAGGUCUGAAAGUGCAGCCACAGGAAGCAGCAGGCGUAGAGCUUCCCUGGGACGACGCGCAGCAGCUGGUAGAAGCAAUCGUACUGUCUCGAGUUGACACCCCAGAUGAUGCAGUAAAGGUGCUUGGACAGAGUUGGGUUCCAACUUGGGACGGCUGGAAAGAAUUGCGCCAAUGUGCGACAGAGCGCUGUUGUGUUGCAAUCGCGGAGCGACUGUGCGACAUUGCCCAGCAAAAUGCCCCUUACCAAAGCAAGACCGACACCCAAGCAUUGCAGGCUUUGGCGUCCGAAGGGUUCAUGUGGCGGAAAGCGCUGUCACACGGUGUGAAUAACUGCUUGAUCGAUUCCCUGAUGUUGUGCCUGUCGUAUGAGCACAUUUUGCCUAAUAACUUAACAACAGAUGUCACAGCAAGGCGACGCGUUGCAGCUGCAUGCAGAAAGCAUUUGAUUCAAGAGAUUGGGGACGAAGUGGCGCCAGGCAGCAAUGGGCUUUUCCCGUUCCUGGAUGCGCAUCGGGAUGGCCCCAGAAUUGUAGGCUUUUUGCUCCACUGGUUUCGCGUUGUUGCGCGCACGAGUGUGCUAAUUCAUGUGCAUGACAGAUUUGGUGAGCAUGCUGCAGGAGCAGACGCGAAUAAAAUUGCAGUGAAUUUUGGCCAUGGGUGCCCAGAACAGCCUGUUUUGCAGCUACACAUUUAUAACCACACUUCUGUUCAGGGUAGAGGGUAUCAUUUUGAUAGCUUGCUCCCGAGCACUGGGCGUGAAGCCGAACCAAAGAACAAGAGAAGCCGUACCGCAACGGCCACCAACGCAAUGAAGACAGAAGCAGAGUCCGUUCCGACAGGAGCGGAACUCAAUGAUUUGCAACGAGAGCCGCAGAGAAGCGAUGGCACACCUGAGAAGCCGAGUUGUAACAAGGAGACAGCAGAGCAGCAAGCAGAUCAAAGAGCAGAAACCGUAUUUGCAAAGAUGGCAAGUUUAGAACCGGAGCAACUAGAGAGCGACGAAGCCUUCGACUUACAGCGUCAUCUCGCGAGAGCAGUAUGUUUUUUCACAAGUGGAAGCCGAGGUGAAGUGAAUGCUGAGGUACAUGUGUACGAUUCAACUGCCACUGACCUCAGUGUACCGCAUGAAGUUUAUACCAUCGGUCGACUUGACAGCUUGCUAGUACCAGUCUUCCGCCUCUAUCGCUACAAAAACGGCCGUUACGCUGCCUUGUUGCCUGCUAACCCAGCAGAACGGCCUGUGUUCACAAGUGGCGACUCGCAGACAACAGCCCAAGGUAGCAAACAAAAUGACAUGAAUGCAACGUGCACGGUAGCGCCGCCGACAAAUUCGUUUGAAACAAGUGGCUGCGCUGCCGGCAUAGGUUACGAAUACGAGCCCGAGAUAUCAGUGACCUCCCGCUUGAGGUGCUCCCAAAAUGGGCGCAAGCAGUGGAUUUGGGUCACUCGUGAUGGUCGCGACGCCGAAGGUAACAAGGCAACCGUCUCCUUCCUGGGCCGUGACAAGGCCCUUCUAGAGAGCAUUCUGGAAGAAGGAAAGGAGAUCCAAAGAAGAAAACGGGAGAAAUUUCUAACAGUGGUGCAGGUCUAUGACUAUGGAAAAGAUCAUGGAUUGAAUUGGCUCCACCCGCAGGAUAAAGAUCGGAAGCAGCCGGGAAGAUCCAUCAGUUCAGUGGUUUUGCCAAGACAAUCACCACAGAGCAAGAUGGACCAAGCUGAGGCAUUGUUGGAGGAUGCCCGGGAGUUCUUGGCUUCGGAAGCAUGGUACACAGAGCGUGGCAUUCCGUAUCGACGGGGCUACUUGCUUCAUGGAGUACCUGGUGGUGGCAAAAGCUCUCUCAUCAUGGCUGUGGCCUCUGAGCUGCGCCUGCCGAUCUAUGUCAUGAGUUUCUCUUCUGAGAGAAUGAACGAUGAAGUUCUGAGCUCGUUGUUGCAAUACGGUAUGCACGAUCCUCCAACCAUCCUGUUGCUGGAGGAUGUUGACCUCCUGCACUCUGCCGUGUUGAAUCGUCACAAAGCGGUGUCGGCAGAUGAAGGAAGCCCAGGGGACUCUGAUCAAGAUUCAGAAAAGCCUGGAAAGCCGCGUAAGGGUCGUCGAGGACGGCUUACUCUAUCAUGCCUGCUGAAUGCCUUGGAUGGGCCGACAGCAACAACCGGACGACUGCUUUUCAUGACAACGAACGAUAGAGAUGCGCUGGAUCCUGCCCUGCUGAGAAGUGGACGAAUCGACUACGAACUCGAGUUCAAGCCAGCUGUGCCGGAGCAGAUCCAACGUUUGUUUCUGAGGUUCUACUCUGACUUCAGUUGUCCACAGGGCUCAAACAAUGACGCCAAGUUGAAAGAAGGAGGCACAGCAGACCUAGCGGAGCGCUUUGCUCAGAGCUUGGAGGAAUCCGGCCGGAAUUUCACGACCGCUGAUGUCCAGAGGCACUUGAUGAAGCGGAAGAAAAGCCCAGAACGGGCGGUCUCUGAAGUGCAAGAGCUGAUCAAUGCCUUUAGGGAGGAGGCCCGGUCUCAGGAGAAAGCAUGAAGAUGCUGAAGAUCGUGAUCAUGAAUUGCUAUGCUGUACAUACGACAGAGCGAAGCCGAGUUCUUCUGAAUCCACAGAAUCAAAC